AUGUGGCUCACGUUCGUGGCGUUGGCCGUGGCUAGCGCCGCGCCCAUAGCUCAGCUGAUAUUGCUGGAACUGCCAGCUAUCCACUUGAUCGGUAAACUAUCAGAGGUGACGGCACCUCAAUUGGUGGUGGUACCACCAACGUUCACAGACAAAUUGCCUGAGGUCGACCCCGAGCUGUAUGUGGUGAGAUAUAUCGGCACCCACUCCGGGUUCGGGCCAUCGUUACCCCAGCUACCCAUCGACUUGAGGCACACGUUGACCCGCGUGACCUCUAGCCAGCACUACCAGGCAAAUAUCAAGCCUCAGAUCACUGAAAAGUAUCCUGAUUACUCACUAUCCCGCCUGAUUGAGGCUAAUUCAUAUGAUGAGCAUUGGCGGCUCCGACCGGUAUCAAUGGAGUGGGACGCCGCCUACGGCGUGUAUAUGGUACGGAGCACCUUAUACUUCGAAGACGUAGUCAGUUUGGACGUGGUUCACGUCUACGACGACUCGGGACGCCGGCGAGACGACCUUGACUUGGUGGUCCUGGUCGAGAACAAGUACCGUGUGGUUCGAUUCCCCAGCGUGGUGACUUUUUAA